GAGAUACUGAUUCAUGUAACAUGUCGGUAGUAUUGGAAAGAUAUACAAAUCUAAAUAAGACUAGUAUUUAUUUAUCCAUUAUCCACUUUGUUUCCAAUCCAACAAUAGUUCACACUAAAAUCAAACUGAUUCAUGCAAGAUGGAUUUACUAGCUGGAACAAAGAAGCCACAUGCUCUUCUAAUCCCAUUUCCAACACAAGGUCACAUAAAUCCAUUUCUCAAACUGGCAAAAAUACUUCACAACAAAGGCUUCUACAUAACAUUUGUCAACACUGAAUUCAACCACAAACGCUUACUCAAAUCCAUAGGUCCUAAUGUUGUCAAUUGUUUGCAAGAUUUCCAAUUUGAAACCAUCCCAGAUGGUCUCCCUCCCACAAACAACAUGGAUGCAACUCAAAGCAUUCCUGAUCUUUGUGACUCUACAAGUAAAAACUGUUUGGUACCAUUUUGUAAACUUGUAUCAAAACUCAAUGAUCCUCCAGUUACUUGCAUAAUAUCAGAUGGUGUCAUGUCUUUCACUAUUCAAGCUUCUCGGCAAUUUGGGUUGCCUAAUGUUCUCUUUUGGGCUCAUAGUGCUUGUGUUUUCAUGAGCUACAAACAAAUCAAGAAUCUCACGGAAAGAGGCCUAACACCACUUAAAGAUGCGAGUUAUCUGACAAAUGGACAUUUAGACACCAUCAUAGACUGGAUCCCUGGCAUGAAGAACAUUACUUUAAGAAACCUUCCAGGCAUAUAUCACACAACAGAUCCAAAUGAUACACUUUUGGACUUUGUUACAGAACAAAUAGAAGCAGCUUCAAAAGCUUCUGCUAUUAUUCUACCAACUUUUGAUGCCCUGGAGUAUGAUGUAUUGAAUGAGCUCUCCACAAUGUUUCCUAAACUCUACACAUUAGGCCCACUUGAUUUGUUCCUUGAUAAAAUUUCAGAAAAUAAUGGAUUUGAAUCUAUUCAAUGCAAUUUGUGGAAAGAAGAGAGUGAGUGUCUCAAAUGGCUAGAUUCACAGGAAGAAAAUUCUGUUCUCUAUGUGAAUUUUGGAAGUGUUAUAGUCAUGAAGUAUAACCAGCUAGUUGAAUUGGCAUGGGGAUUAGCAAAUAGCAAGAAAAAGUUCUUGUGGGUGAUUAGGCCUGAUUUAGUUAAGGGUGAAAGUGAAACAUUGCUUGUGCCACAAGAAAUUGUGGAAGAAACCAAAGAUAGAGGACUAAUGGUAGGUUGGUGUCCACAAGAGAAAGUUCUAAAGCACAAAGCAGUGGGAGGGUUUUUGAGUCACUGUGGUUGGAAUUCAACAAUUGAAAGUAUAAGUAAUGGGGUGCCUUUGAUUUGCUGUCCAAUUUUCAAUGACCAAAUUCUGAAUUGCAAGUACAUUUGUAGUGAAUGGAAAUUUGGAAUGGCUAUGGAUAGUGAUAAUGUAACAAGAGAUGAAGUGGAGAAGCUAGUGGUAGAGUUAAUAGAGGGUGAAAAGGGUAAGGAGAUGAGGAUAAAAGCAAUUGAGUGGAAGAAAAUGGCAGAAGAAGCAACCAAUGUUGAUGGUUCAUCCUCUUUGAAUUUGGAAAAAUUGGUAAGUGAAGUGCUGCUCUUCAAGAGUUAAGGCUUACAAGUUCAAUUUAGAUAUUGCUGCAAAUAAAAUCUUCCUGAAGAUGAUUUUGAUUUAUUUCCAAAUCGCGUUAAUGCGAGAUUGGUGCUGCUAACUCAGUGGUAAUAACUUACUUAGUCAUGUAAUCCCUUAAAGACAUUGAAUUUCUCCUUAUUCAUGUUGUACCUAGGGUCAUUGUUUGAAUGCUUUACUGGUUUUGUUUUGGCAAAUUAUUUUUCUU